AAUUCUAUGUUAAAGGUAGCGCGGUAGAGUUGCCCCCGCACACGCAGAAUCUGAUUGUUUAUCUCUUAAAAUUGUGCUUACUUUAAGAAAAUACACAUUUAGUCAAAUAAAAAGAUACCAUAAAAUAGUUUAGAGACUGAUUUGGCCGGAAUUGUAUGAAAUAGAGCACAUCAGCAUAGUCAAACAAGUACUGCGUGGCCGCGACAACACUGCGCUAUCAAGGCAUAAAAUAAUUUACAUUUAUAAACUUUGCGCUGCGUUUUCCCUCUGGCCGUUUAAUCACAACACCAUUUGUGGAGUGAUUUGCUGCGAGGACUGUUCGUAAAGGCUGGUAAAAUUGGAAAAAUAACUAAGCAGAACGCAAAAAUGCCGCCAGCGUCCGCGGUGAACAGUAACAAUGCGGCUGCACAGGCAGCCAAGGCAGAGCGUGCAGAGAAGUUGCGAGGGGCGCUCAGAAAAUUCAUUGUGGCGGAUCGCCAGCGCCGGCAGGGGGAGUACGAUGCCUAUUGCGAGCAGAUGCGUGUGCGGCGGGAGGAGGAGGAGCGGGAGCGCGAGAACCAGCAGGCUCUGGAGGAAACACGUGACGAGAUCACCAAGCUGGACGAGCAGCUGGCGGAUCUGCACAGUCAGAAGCACCAGCUGUUGGUCCAGCUUAAGAAGGUGCUCAACGAAGAUGAAACACGCAAAAAGCAGGCCAAGGAGAACGAACUGUUUGCCAUGCAACAGGCCGCGGCCACCGUGGCCACCUCGGUAUUUCUACCGACCCUGCGACUACAGCAUCACCAGCAACUAGCGAAAAGUUUGUUAUCGUUUCAGCCACCGCCCGGCAACCAGUCGGGGAAGCGAGGGCGAAGUCCUUCGCCCCCCAAUCAUGCGUAUUACAAGAGCACCGCCAGCUUUGCCCAACAAAAACACGAUGACUACCGUCGUGCCGCGGACUAUGCUAGAUUAUCAUGGAACAAGACCACGGCGCAGUAUCCCAGUACGGGCACCCUGUUCUACCAGACCACCGCAGCGCCGCCAACCACACAGCAGCAGGCGGACGCCCGACUGCCGGCCAUCUACAAUUACGCCCUGCCCCUGAGACAGGCUUACCAUGUGGAGCUGCCGAGUGCUACGGUGAGCAAGGCCUCCGACACUCAGUCGCCGAAGGCUCAGCCGAUGCAGGUGCUGCACAUCAAUCUGGAUCAACCGCCCAUCUCCCAGUCUGACCUGGUGGUGCAGGCCACCAGUGUCGCCAACAGCUUGUCCAUUCAGACGUCCAAGCCGCAGGUGACAAUGGAGAAGCUGCCGGAACGAUAUCACAUUGAGGUGAAGCAUGACGGUGCGCCACAGAACCAUGUACCACCGCCGCCGCAUUUGCUGUCGGAAGGCGUGAUCUUUAAGCCGAUGAUGAGCGAGCUCUCAAUGCAUCCCAAUGUGCUGCAAAUAAGCACCAGCCAGAAUUCCAAGACUACUGGCAGCAUUACACAAGGCUUUCCCCCGGGACGGGGAAGCUCAGGCCAUGAGGGGCAAUUGAACCGACAACAGCUGUCGCUGCUGCCUGGCCAGACGGCUACUCCACCCGUUUCGAGCUCUGGACCUGUACCGCCGGCAGCCGGACAGCAACUGCAAUAUGCACGACGCUUGUACUAGCUCUACCUUCAGAUUCACAUCUAGAUCUAGAUCUCCAGAUCUCUAGAUCUAGAGCCCCUUCUAUGAAACUCACUUAGUAAUCAAGAUACGAUUUUUAAUGGAGAUUAUAUUGACUACGCUGCCUGUUUGCGGUUAGCCACACACGAAAUAAAGAACACAAUAAUGGCGUCCCUAUUUUCCAAUCGAA